GCAAUUCCUUGGUGCAGCAAAGUCUGGGAACCACUGCUCUACACGUUGGAAGAAUGAAGAAGAUGACUAACAUUUAUGAGUCGGCUGCCAAUACGCUGGGAAUCUUUAACAGCCCCUGCCUGACCAAAGUUGAGCUGCGUGUGGCGUGCAAAGGAAUUUCUGACAGAGAUGCCCUUUCCAAACCAGACCCCUGUGUCAUCCUGAAAAUGCAGUCCCACGGGCAGUGGUUUGAGGUUGACAGAACAGAGGUGAUUCGCACCUGCAUAAACCCAGUGUACUCAAAACUGUUUACUGUGGACUUUUACUUUGAAGAGGUGCAGCGUCUACGGUUUGAAGUCCACGACAUCAGCAGCAACCACAAUGGGCUGAAGGAGGCUGACUUCCUAGGUGGCAUGGAGUGCACACUUGGCCAGAUUGUUUCCCAGAGAAAGUUGUCCAAAUCCUUGCUGAAGCAUGGGAACACAGCAGGAAAGUCCUCCAUCACGGUGAUUGCUGAAGAAUUAUCUGGCAACGACGACUAUGUUGAACUUGCAUUCAACGCACGGAAAUUGGAUGACAAGGAUUUCUUCAGUAAAUCUGACCCAUUUCUGGAAAUUUUCCGCAUGAACGAUGAUGCAACUCAGCAGCUUGUGCACCGAACUGAGGUUGUGAUGAAUAACUUAAGUCCAGCCUGGAAAUCAUUCAAAGUAUCUGUAAAUUCUCUAUGCAGUGGAGACCUAGACCGCCGGCUAAAGUGCAUCGUAUGGGACUGGGACUCCAAUGGCAAACAUGACUUCAUUGGAGAAUUCACCUCCACGUUCAAGGAGAUGAGGGGAGCAUUGGAAGGGAAACAGGUGCAGUGGGAGUGCAUCAACCCUAAGUACAAAGCUAAGAAGAAAAAUUACAAGAACUCGGGCAUUGUGAUUCUGAAUCAGUGCAAGAUCCACAAGAUGCAUUCUUUCUUGGACUACAUCAUGGGUGGUUGCCAAAUCCAGUUUACAGUAGCUAUAGAUUUCACUGCCUCCAACGGGGACCCCAGGAACAGCUGUUCCCUGCACUACAUCCACCCCUAUCAACCCAACGAGUACCUGAAGGCCUUGGUGGCUGUGGGGGAGAUUUGCCAAGACUAUGACAGUGACAAAAUGUUCCCAGCCUUUGGAUUUGGAGCCAGGAUACCUCCAGAGUACACGGUCUCUCAUGACUUUGCAAUCAACUUUAAUGAAGACAACCCGGAAUGUGCAGGAAUUCAAGGAGUUGUGGAAGCCUAUCAGAGCUGCCUUCCUAAGCUACAACUCUACGGGCCCACCAACAUUGCCCCCAUCAUUCAGAAGGUCGCCAAGUCAGCAUCAGAGGAGACUAACACCAAGGAGGCUUCGCAAUACUUUAUCCUGCUGAUCCUGACAGAUGGUGUCAUCACAGACAUGGCCGACACCCGGGAGGCCAUCGUUCACGCCUCCCACCUUCCCAUGUCAGUCAUCAUCGUGGGAGUUGGGAACGCUGACUUCAGUGACAUGCAGAUGCUGGAUGGUGACGAUGGGAUCCUGAGGUCACCCAAGGGAGAGCCUGUCCUUCGAGACAUCGUCCAGUUUGUGCCCUUCAGGAACUUCAAACACGCAUCUCCUGCUGCCCUGGCAAAGACUGUGUUGGCCGAAGUCCCAAACCAAGUCGUGGACUAUUACAAUGGGAAGGGGAUUAAACCAAAAUGUUCAUCGGAAAUGUACGAAUCUUCCAGGACACUAGCACCAUGAACUUCACACACUUUUACAGCGUUCUGAAAUACUAUUCCGUAUAAUAUUUAAAUACUUCUACUACUCCCAUACUUAAACAAGCAACAAUACACAUUUAAAAAUAGCACGUUUUGGUGAUUUUUAACUAACCAAUGAUUUUUUUGCAUGUGUAGCCCCAAGGCCUGGAUCUGUUAAGCCGUUGUAUUGUUAAAGACUUUUUACACAGAAACACAAAUAACAAUAACCUACUCUUUACAGUACAGCAUGUCGCCUUGAAAUAAAAUGGUUAUCUGUAUCCAUUUUUUAUACAGGUUUGUUGAAAUUUUGCUAAAUUUCUUAUUAUCUUUACAUUGUAAAGCAUUUUGAAACAUUUAUUGAAUGUCGAUAGCCAAAACAUAUUUGGUUUUAUCUGCUACAGAAUGAAAGACUUUUCAAAAUGGCAGAUGCAUGGACUGUAUUUUGCAUGUUUAAAAUAAAAAAACA